CGACAGAAAUGUUUCAAAAAGAAAAAACAUAAAAUAGAGAAGUAGACGUAUAUAUAUAUAUAUUCUCAGGAAUUAUUUUCAUGAAGAAACAUAUUAUUUUUAUCUGUAAAAUGGAAUUGAUAUUAUCGAAUCGAAAGAUAAUAAAAAAAUUCGAUGGAUAACGAAAUAAUGAAUGAGCGAAUUAUAUGAAAUAUUUGAGAUUUUAUCAUUUAAUUAAUUAAAUAUUCAUCGAUCGAAGGGUACAAAAGAUAUGUCAUUGUGCAUUGUAAAUUAUUGCAAUGUAGGAUUAAGGAAUAGAUACUUCGGUGAUAAAUGAAGUUAAAAUAUAUCUGAAUUAUUAUGGAAGCUGUAUGGAGGAGCUUCAAGUUCAAAUAUAUUCUUAUUUGUAUCUUUCUUACCUUCAUCAUGUCCUGCUUAAUAAGUAUUGUUCCCAUCAAUAUUGACGAAUGUAAAUGCGAGAAUGAUGUUUUGAUUAAGCAAUACAAUACUCAUAAACAAAAUAUUAAAUUGCAUAAAAAGUCUGAAAGAUCAAAGUACAAGUUAGCUAUUCUUGUACCAUUUAGAGAUCGUUUUGAUGAAUUAUUAACAUUUGCAAUACACAUGCAAGAGUUUUUAGAUAAACAAAAUAUAAACUAUCAUAUAUUUAUAUUAAAUCAGUUUGAUAGAUACAGAUUUAAUCGAGCUUCCCUUAUUAAUGUUGGCUUUCUUGAAACUAGUAAAGAUUUCCAUUAUAUAGCCAUGCAUGAUGUUGAUUUAUUGCCAUUAAAUGACGAAUUAUUAUAUGUAUAUCCUAGUAAAGGUCCUUAUCAUAUAUCAUCUCCAGAUUUGCAUCCUAGGUAUCAUUAUUCCACAUUUGUUGGUGGUAUAUUACUUAUUAAAAGAGAGCAUUACAUGCAAGUUAAUGGUAUGUCUAAUAAGUACUGGGGUUGGGGCCUUGAGGAUGAUGAAUUUUAUGUUAGGUUGAAAGAAGCUGGCUUAACUAUUACUCGGCCUCAAAAUAUAUCCACAGGAACACAUAAUACAUUUAAACAUAUUCAUGAUAGAAAUCAUAGAAAGCGUGAUAUGAUGAAGUGUUAUAAUCAGCGGGAAGUUACUAGAAAAAGAGAUAGAGAAACUGGUUUAAGUAAUAUCUCAUAUAAAAUAAUAAGUAGAAUUAAAAUGACAAUUGCAAACACAUCAUUGACUGUACUCAAUAUCUCUUUGAUGUGUGACAAGUCUAGUACACCUUGGUGUGAAUGUGAUAAAACUAGUGUUUCGAAAGAUGCAAAACCAAAAGAGAAAAAAAAAAUAAUUAAUAAUAAUACUAACAACGAUAAUAAUAAUAAUAAUAAUAAUAAUAAUAAUAAAAACAAAGGUAAAUCCGAUACAGCAUUGUAAUUAUAUUAUUAUUGUACUAAAAAGAAAUUACAAAUCCCAUUACAAUUAUAUUGAACACUGUGUUUUUUAUAAUUUGUAUCUUUAAAAUAUAAUGAAGUUUUGUCCAUGCAGAAGAGGAAACAUUUUUAUUUAACUUUUAAUCGG